UAUACUUUUCUCAAAAUGCACACAAUUUCAUGUAAGUAAUAUAGGCAGGUUUGCAAUUAAUCCAUAUACAGUAUACGCAUAUACAAUUUACCAUUCAUCAUCUAUCAUAUUCCUUCACCUUCAUAAAAGUUUAGCAGAGCAAAAUAGUUUAAGAAGAAACUCAAAUGCAAUUCAACUAGUCCAUUUUGAAUCAGAUAGAUGAAGGGAGGAAAACAAAUGUUGUACUGUUACAAACAAAGAGUUGCAUAAAUCAAAUAGUUAAUGAGAGAUUGGACGCUACAUGCAUCAACUUUGCGACCAUAUUCAAAGUAAAUAUGGGGUUACGAAAAUCAAAUCCAAAAGCUUAUACACCAAUAUUGAAGCUGGAGUUAGCUUCUUAAAAAUCGGAUCUGUGGAAGACAAUGUCGAGGAUAAAACAUCAUUAUUUGAUAUCACGUUUGAGAAGGGAUUAAUGAAAAUCCCUUGUUUCGCGAUUGAGGAUACUAUGGAAACCUUCAUGAGAAAUAUGAUAGCUUUUGAGCAACAUACUUCAAAAAAACUAUAUCCUUUUUUCUCCAACUAUGCACAUUUAAUGACUCAACUUAUUGGAUCACAUAGAGAUGUGAAUUUUCUUCGCCAAAACAAAAUCAUCCUUAAGGAUAUAGGAGAUGACAAACAAGUGGCCAACAUCUUCAAGAAACUUUCAGAUGGGGUGGCAAUCAAAGACUUUUAUUACCAAAAAGAAUGCAGUAACUUGAUUCAACAUUGUGAGAAGCCAUGGAGUCAAAUGAUGGCAAGUUUGAAGCACAACUAUUUUCAGAGUCCUUGGGCAGGAGCUUCAACUGUGGCAGCUAUUACACUUCUUGUUCUCACAGUUAUACAGACUAUUCUGGCUUUUACCAGUUAUCUUAAUAAGUAAUUUUUGUUGUAGGCUUGUAGAUAUGUAUUGACUCAUCAAAUGAUUCCUCAUUAUGCAAUUUGUGUGUUGAUGGGCUUAAUAUUGUGUCUCACCUCCAUUAUGGGGGUAGGACGACUAAAGCUAAUAAUUUCAA